AUGUCCGCACUCACCUCUUUUGAUGCUUUCAUUAGGGCUCUUUUGCUGCUUGUAGUCACCGUCACAGUUGCACAGCGUAGAUUCCCGUCCUUCUUUGAGAAGAAAGAGGGUACAUCCAGCAUCUACACCAAAUUGACGAUUGUGGGAGAGAGACUCAGCCUCUACGUCUCCCUCAUCCUCCUCUACCACAACAUUAGGAAGUUUGUUGGCUUCUUCGUAUAA